CAAUGAUUCGUGAUGAUAAAAAGGUUUUAACGUUGCAAAAGCAGCAGCCUGUUAAACCUACUAUUUAUCUUUAUACGUCAGCCGGAAAAUUAAUGGAGCAAUUACAGUGGGACAAAGGUCGUAUUAUUAAAAUGGGUUGGACCGAUGCUGAACAAUUGGUUGUCGUUCUGGAAGAUGGUACUAUAAGAUUGUAUGAUAUUCAUGGUGAUUUUACCGGAUUUUCUCUUGGCAAAGAAGCCAAAGAUCAUUCAGUUAUCGAUUGUCAGAUUUGGGGAACCGGUCUAGUAGCAUUGACCGGGAAUUUUAAGCUGAUUGCUCUGACAAAUUUUGAAGAACCUAGGCCACGACUUAUGGCUGAUCCAGGAUUGAACGAACCACCUCAUAGUUGGACAUUAAUUCCACCUCAAUAUACACUCAGCCGUCAUGUGGAAGUACUUUUAUCUACCGGUUCUACGAUCCUGACUGUUGAUGUGAUAGAGUCUUCGAAUCAAAAUCUUCAACAGGGUCCCUUUACCAAGAUGGAUGUAUCUCCAAAUGGCAAAUUUUUAGCUCUCUUCACCAAUGAAGGUAAACUCAUGGUUGUCUCCACCGAUUUUUCAAAGAACCUUUCAGAGUUUCCCACAAAGUCACAAGUACCACCUCAACAGCUGGUCUG